GGGUACAUGGAAAACUCCAUUUCCUACAGUGCUAUUGAAGAUGUUCAACUGCUCUCCUGGGAGAAUGCCCCCAAGUACUGUUUACAGCUCACAAUCCCAGGGGGAACUGUCUUACUGCAGGCUGCAAACAGUUACCUGAGGGAUCAGUGGUUCCAUUCCUUGCAGUGGAAGAAAAAGAUUUACAAGUACAAGAAGGUGCUCAGUAACCCCAGCCGCUGGGAGGUGGUGUUGAAGGAGAUCAGGACGCUGGUGGACAUGGCACUGACAUCUCCACUUCAGGAUGACUCUAUUCACCAAGCACCACUGGAGAUUGUCUCAAAACUGCUCUCGGAGAACAACAACUUAACCACUCAAGACCACGAGAGCAUUAUUGUGGCAAUUGCACCUUUGCUGGAAAACAACCAUCCUCCUCCUGACCUCUGUGAAUUCUUCUGCAAGCACUGCCGAGAGCGCCCACGGUCCAUGGUUGUGAUAGAAGUGUUCACACCGGUGGUGCAGAGGAUCCUCAAACACAACAUGGAUUUUGGGAAAUGCCCUCGGUUGCGGCUGUUUACUCAGGAGUAUAUUCUGGCUUUGAAUGAGCUGAAUGCUGGAAUGGAGGUGGUGAAGAAGUUUAUUCAUAGCAUGCAUGGUCCAACUGGACAGUGCCCACAUCCCAGGGUCCUGCCAAAUCUUGUAGCUGUCUGCUUAGCAGCCAUUUAUUCGUGUUAUGAGGAAUUUAUCAACAGUCGAGACAAUUCGCCGAGCCUGAAGGAAAUUCGGAAUGGCUGCCAGCAGCAGUGUGACCGAAAGCCGAAUCUCCCCCUCCGCCUUCUUCACACGAGUCCUGACCUGGUCUCUCAAGAGGCCACCUUGACUGAGUCGCGUCUCAAACCAGUUAUUGUCACUUCGAAUGAGAUCCACGUGGAAGUGGAGCACAACAACACAGCUAAUCAGAAGAUGACAGCCAAUGUUGGCAGUGACAGCGAGCCCAACCUGAUUGACUGCUUGAUGGUCAGUCCUACCUGCAGCACCAUGAGCAUCGAGCUGAGUGCCCAGGCAGACAGAAUCCUUGGCUGUUAUGUUGAAAUACUCAAGAUGCUGUCAGACUAUGAUGACUGGAGACCAGCCCUGGCCAGCUUGCUUCAGCCUAUCCCAUUUCCCAAGGAGUAA